AGAAUCUUGCAUCUUGAAAACCACAUGUUAUAUACACAUCAUCAAUUUUCUUUAUCUGUUAUCUCUCGUUCCAUGCGAACAGUAUUCGAUUCUUGAUAUGUCAGUAGAAUGAUAUUUUGUUAAUACAUAUAUUGAUUCUAGUUGAUGGCCGAAAGUCGUAUCUGUGACUGGGUCAAAAACGAUUAAGAAGAAUACAUAUAUUGCUGAGAAUGGAGAUAUUUGUAAAUUUUAUAGAGAAGCAUAUUCUCGGCGCAAUUUUAUUGACGAUAUGGCUAUUGUAUUUUUGGGAUCAUUAUUUAAAUUUGCGUCAGAGGAAAUUAAUGCUGCAGUUGGUUGAGUUACCAAAAUCUGUCGAGGGAUUAAUGGCUAAAGAUGUAUAUGAGAAGGCUCGUGCAUAUGCAUUAGAUAGAAAUAGCUUUCGUAUUGUACAAGACCUGUUUUCUAAGAUUUUCAAUACAAUAAUUCUAGUAACUUAUGGUUAUUAUUAUGCUUGGCAAUGGAGUAUUGAAAUAGCUAAGUACUGCGGCAUUAAUCAUGAGAAUGACAUACUGCUAAGCGCAAUAUGUAUGUUUAUUGUAAAUGUUGUUUCUCACAUGAUUAAUCUUCCAUUAGUGAUAUAUGAUACUUUUGUUUUGGAAGAAAAACAUGGUUUCAAUAAACAGACAACUGCAUUUUUUAUUAAAGAUGAGAUUAAAAAAUUCAUUGUAUCGCACAUUAUUGCAUUACCCAUUUUGUGCGGUAUGAUUUGGAUUGUGAAAAAUGGUGGUGAUUAUUUCUUUUGGUAUUUAUGGAUAUUAUCGAUGGUGGUUUCGUUAUUUAUGAUGAUCCUGUAUCCAGAAAUAAUAGCGCCAUUGUUUGACAAAUAUUCACCAUUACCCGAUGGCGAACUAAAACAAAAGAUUGAAGAAUUGGCGGCUUCUUUAAAGUUUCCCUUGUACAAGCUGUUUAUAGUUGAAGGUUCCAAGAGAUCGUCACACAGCAACGCUUAUCUGUAUGGUUUUCACAAACAUAAAAGAAUUGUUCUUUUCGACACUCUCAUUAAAGGUUAUUGCAAAAAAGAUGAUGGUGAUUCUGACAAAGAUUAUGGCUGUGAAACAAACGAGAUAUUAGCAGUGCUUGCACAUGAAUUGGGUCAUUGGAAACAUAAUCAUACUCUAAAAGGAUUUCUGCUUGGUCAGAUGAUCUUUGUAGCCAACUUUGUUAUGUUCGCAAAACUCCUAAGCUAUACGCCAAUGUAUAACGCUUUUGGUUUUAUGGAUUCCCAGCCCAUAUUUAUUGGUCUAGUUAUAGUAAUAAUGUAUAUUUUGAUACCAUUGAAUAUAAUCUUUAAUUUCGUUAGCGUAGUAAUCGGUCGAAGAUUUGAAUUUCAAGCAGACGAAUUCGCUACAAAAUUAGGUCACGGCGAGGCUUUGAAAGCGGCUCUGUUAAAACUACAAAAGGACAAUUUAGGAUAUCCUUUGUAUGAUAAAUUGUAUUCCAGCUGGCAUCAUUCGCAUCCGCCUACUAUCCAGCGUUUGGAAGCGAUAGAUAAAAAAAAAUGAAGGCCAAAGUCUUUCAGUUCACACAAUUAUAACUAGUUUGCAUCUUAUAAAAAGAAAUUCUAUAGUGUAUCAAUA